GUCGGCUGCACUCUAAUGGAAGACAUGUCUGCAGUAUAAUCGUGUUUUUCUGCGCUGUUUCUCUGUGUUUGUGCACUCAACAGCCCACAGCCGAGCCCUCAACACCCUCCAAGUGUCAGAAUGGCUUCGGACUCUGUCUCUCAGAGCUCCCAACUUCCUGGUACCAGGAUCAUGACCUUUCAUCCCACAAAAGACGAGUUCAAAGAUUUUAACAGAUACAUCGCAUAUAUGGAGUCACGGGGGGCACACAGAGCCGGGAUGGCUAAGGUGGUGCCACCAAAGGACUGGAAGCCGCGGCGCACAUACGAUGACAUCGACGACCUGGUGAUUUCCACCCCGAUUCAACAGGUUGUGACUGGCCAGUCGGGGCUCUUCACGCAGUACAACAUCCAGAAGAAGCCAAUGACCGUCCGCGAGUUUCGCAAAACUGCCAACACUGACAAAUUCUGUAAUCCCAGAUAUGCGGAUUUUGAUGAACUUGAGAGGAAAUAUUGGAAGAAUUUAACGUUUAGCCCACCAUUAUAUGGGGCAGAUGUCAGUGGGACCCUCUAUGAUCCAGAUGUGACGGAGUGGAAUAUUGGCCGCCUGAACACUAUUUUGGACAUGGUUGAGAGAGAAAGUGCAAUCACAAUUAAAGGUGUAAACACUCCGUUUCUAUAUUUUGGGAUGUGGAAGAGCACGUUUGCGUGGCACACAGAAGACAUGGAUCUCUACAGCAUUAAUUACCUUCACUUCGGAGAACCCAAGUCCUGGUAUGUGGUGCCUCCAGAGCAUGGAAAACGAUUGGAGCGUCUUGCCAAAGGAUUCUUUCCUGGAAGUGCUCAAAGUUGUGAAGCCUUCUUGCGACACAAAAUGACUUUAAUUUCACCAUCAAUCCUGAGGAAGUAUGGUAUACCCUUUGAGAAGGUGACACAGAAGGCAGGCCAGUUCAUCGUGACCUUCCCAUAUGGAUAUCAUGCUGGAUUUAACCAUGGCUUCAACUGUGCAGAAUCCACAAACUUUGCCACACAACGCUGGAUCGAUUAUGGCAAACAGGCGACAUUAUGUUCCUGUCGGAAAGACUUGGUGAAGAUCUCCAUGGAUGUGUUUGUACGUAAGUUCCAGCCAGAACGUUACAAACUUUGGGAAGCAGGAAAGGACAGUGCACCCAUUGACCACUCGAAGCCCACCCCAGAGGCAGCAGAGUUCCUCACAGACACAAAGACUGAAAACGGAAAGGGGGAACUAAGCAAAAACAGCAAAACACAAACUGAGGAGAAGAAAGGAGAAACAGAGCGUGGAGAGGAGCAGAUGGUAAACACAGAAUGUGGAGAGGAGGAGAAAGCUGUACGUUUGUCUGGAAAGGAGGUGAAAGGAGGAACGGAGGAAGCAGAUAUAGAUGGUGGAAAGGUAGAGAAAGGAGAGAUGGAGACCGAGACCGUGAAGAAGGAUAUUUGCAUUGAGGAGCCCAGCAGCACUUCUGAGCAAAACAACAGUAGCAGUAGUCCAAAGCAGAAACGGCUCAGACCUAGCACUGACACCGGAGAGAAAGAUGUGGACAGUAAGGUGAAGGUAGAAGAGGAGGAAGUUGAGAGGAAGAAAGCCAAAUUCAGCCAGACUGAGACAGAUGAACAAUUAAUCUCCACUGACCCAGGUGAUGGGAAAGCUGAGGAAACCAUGGAGACAGACACACCUUCUCCAUACCAGAAAGAGAAUCAAGCCUCUCCUUGCACGAAGCCAGAACUCACUCCAUCCAACCAGCAGCCACACCCCACCUCCAGCAGUGACAUCACAACUCAACCUCAACCAAGUGUUGACAUCACUACCUCUGAAACCAGCGAUGUCACCUCAUCCUCACAAUCCAGCAACAUCAGUGAUGACACCAGGGAUGAUGUGGCACAGAUCAUUGAUGUCACCUCUCAGUCAGGUGAUGUCCUUAGCAAGCCGGAUGACAUCACUCAAAACGGUGAACUCAUAAUGGAGCCAAGUGACAUCACACACCAUUCGUGUUCCAGUGACUUCUCUGCUGAAGUCCCACCCACUGAAAUCACACCAGAGCUGCAGACCAGCAACAUUAACUCCGUCCACAUCUAUGAUGUCGCACUAGAACCCAGCAACAGUACCAUUAGCGCUAAAUGUGAGCCCAGCAUUAGCUCUGCCCACACUUGCUUUGUCACUGCAGAACCCAGCGACAGCAUCAUCAGCCCAAAAUGCGAGCCCAGCAUUAUCUAUGCAAACACCAAUUAUGUCACUUCAGCACCCAGCGAGAACACCAUAAACACGAGUACCGUCAGUCCUAAAAGUAAGCCCAGCAAUAACCCCACCCACACUCAUGAUGUCACCACAGAAACCAGUAAACCCAGCAUUAAAUCCACCCUCAUCUGUGAUGUCAUCACAAAACCUAGCAACAACACCAUAAACACGAGUACCAUCAAUCCUAAAUGCGAGCCCAGCAAUGGCUCUGCCCACACCUAUGAUGUCACAGCAGAACCCAGCAACAACACCAUAAACACGAGUAUCAUCAGUCCUGAAAGUGAGCCCAGCAUUAGCUCCACCUACGCAUAUGAUGUCACCGCAGAACCCAGCAACAACAUUACAAACACAAGUACCAUCAGUCCUGAAAGUGAGCCCAGCAUUAUCCCCGCCCACACUUAUGAUGUUACUACAGAACCCAGUAAGCCUAGCAUUAGCUCCACCCUCAUCUGUGAUGUCACCACAAAACCUAGCAACAACACCACAAACACGAGUACCAUCAGUCCUAAAUGCGAGCCCAGCAAUGGCUCUGCCCACACCUAUGAUUUCACAGCAGAACCCAGCAACAACACCAUAAACACGAGUAAUUUCAGUCCUGAAAGUGAGCCCAGUAUUAGCUCCGCUCACACCUAUGAUGUCACUGUAGAACCCAUUAACAACACCAUUAACACAAGUACCAUCAGUCCUGAAAGUGGGCCCAGCAUUAACCCCUCCCACACUUAUGAUGUCACCACAGAACCCAUUAAGCCCAGGCUUUACUCUACCAUCAUCUAUGAUGUCACCACAAAACCCAGCACCAACACCAUCAGCCCUAAAUGUGAAACCAGCAUAAGCUCCGCCCACACGUAUGAUGUCACCACAGAACCUAGCGACAUUACUGUCAGCCCUAAACGUGAGCUUGCCGAUUCGCGGAGUAUCUCUGUGUCAGUGAGCAGUAGUCAGGUGAGCCGGCCUGCAGUCCAGCACAUCUUCCAGAGAACCUUGAGUCCCGCAGAGGUGCUGCACGUCCACAGCUACGCUAAAGGAGAUUACAGUGAGAUGGAAUCACGCAGCAGGCCCGAGAGAGACCCAGACAGCGACUCUGACAGCGAAGAGGACAGCAAGAAAUCAGAUGAACAUCCAGUUGAAGUCCAGCACAGGCUCCCUAGACUCCCCAGACACCAUCCUCUGAUGAAGGACAGCAUUAGUGAUGAAGAGCUGCAGGAUCAGGCUGCUUCAGAGGAGGAUGGUUUGGACGGGGAGGCCUGGGCUCGACCUCUGACCCAGCUGUGGCAGAACAGACCGUAUAAUCCAGAGAGAGAAAGAGAAUACAACAGACAGAUGAGUCUGCUGCCACCGUACUGCUCUGUGUGCAUGCUUUUCCAGGCACACCAACAGUCUGAAGGGGGCGAAACUGAGCCAGUCGUAGUGAUGUCAGGGGGUCAGAUGAGGAGCAAGCCUCUGAUUCCAGAGAUGUGUUUCACAAUGACCACAGAAGACAGCGCUGAUGUCCACCUGACCACACCUCACCUGGAAGAGGACGGCACCAGCCUGCUCAUCAGCUGUUCGCAGUGUAGCGUUCGCGUGCACACCAGUUGUUAUGGUAUCGCUCCAGUGAGAGUCACAAAAGACUGGAAAUGUGCCCGCUGUAAAGCCAACGCCCACACUGAGAAUUGCUGUUUAUGUUCGUUGAGAGGUGGAGCAUUACACCGAGCCAAUAAUGGCAAAUGGGUUCACGUCCUGUGUGCGGUGGCAGUGCUUGAGGCUCGCUUUAUAAACAUCAGUGAACGAUCACCUGUGGAUCUCAGUGGCAUUCCCUUACUUAGAUUUAAACUGAAAUGCUACUACUGCAAACGGCGGAUGAAGAAAACAUCCGGCUGUUGUGUGCAGUGUUCUCAUGGUCGCUGCCCAACCUCAUACCACCCCACCUGCGCUCAAGCCGCCGGCGUCAUCAUGCACCCGGAUGACUGGCCCUUCGUCGUCUACGUCACCUGCUGCCGCCACAAAGGGCCUGUCCAAUCAGAGCGUAAUAAAGCAGCCAUGAGAGAGCUCAGCGUGGGUCAGAAGGUCAUCUGCAAGCACAAGAACGGGCGUUACUAUCAGUGUGAAGUGAUACAGCUGUCAAAAGAGACGUUUUAUGAGGUCAACUUUGAUGAUGGUUCCUUCAGUGAUAACCUUUUCCCAGAGGAUAUUGUGAACCGGGACUGUGCUCAGAUGGGUCCUCCGUCACAGGGUGAGGUGGUUCAGGUCAGAUGGACAGAUGGUCUUGUCUAUGGAGCCAAGUUUGUGAAAGCUCAUGUCAUACAGAUGUACCAGGUGGAGUUUGAGGACGGAUCACAGCUCACAGCGAAGCGAGAUGAUGUCUACACGCUAGAUGAAGAACUUCCCAAGAGAGUCAAGUCUCGUCUGUCUAAGGCAUCGGACAUGCGAUUUGACGAGAUGUUCGGAGAGAAGAAAGUCCAGAGCAGCAAACGACAGAGAGUGAUCAACUCCAGGUACAGAGGGGACUAUAUUGAGCCUGUCAUUUACAGAGCCAUCAUGGAGUAGCCAGCGAUAACACAGCCUUCACCCAAAAACACCAGCACCCAUCCAGCGGACUGUAGCACAGCCUGCUAAUGUCAAUAGUGUUCCAUUUGCAGGAACCAGAUGUCUGGAUGGCUUUGACCACUCCCUGGGAAUGUACAUGCCCUGAUUCAUCCAACACACUUUUUCUGAUUUUCUUACAGUGUCUUUCUCAGAUAAUGUUGCUUUGUAGGAUGUGUUGACACCUUUUUAACCUCAACACUGUGAAACCGUGUCACAAACACUCUUGGAUUUCAACAGCUUCACAGGGUCUCCGGAUGAAUUCCCACUGAAAGCAGUAGUUUGUGGAGUCUUUCUAAUACAUAUUCAUUUGAUUAUUUGUAAUCUCCAUUGCAUUAAAUGUACAUUAAUUUAUUCUAUUCAAAGGGAUGGUUCACCCAAAAGUCAAAAUUCUGUUAUCAUUUACUCACCCUCACCUGUAUGACUUUCCUUCUGUAGACCUUGAAAGGUGCACGUUGUGAAGAAUAUUCGCUCUGCUCUUUCCCAAACAAUGAAAGUGAAUAGGAGAGAAAAAAACACACCAUAAAAGUAGUCCAUUCUGUGUCUUCUGAAGUCAUACGAUAGCCUUGUGUGAGGAACAGACUGAAAUUUAAGUCGUCAUUCACUGAAAAUCUUCCCUUCUGCCGUAGGUCUCAAAUCUCAAUUGUUCGAUUUGAAUAUGCGCAUAUUUAAAUUAGGUGACUACUUGCACAAUAAGCAACGAUGUUUGGGUUUAUUGAUGUUAAAUCUGCCAUGACGCAUCUUGACCUUAUUUUUAUAUACUUUAAUUUGUGAAUAACAACUUAAAAUUUGCUUCGUUUGUCCUCCAAGCUAUCGCAUAGAUUCAGAAGACUUGGAAUAAAGCACAUGAGUCAUAUGGACUGUUUUUAAUAUGAUUUUUUUUUUAAAUAAUUUUUGGUGCUUGAUAAUAUCUGGUCUCCAUUCACUUUCAUUGUAUGGAAAACAGCUCCUGUUGUGAUCCCCAGAAGAAAGAAAAGAAUACUGAUUUGGAAGAAUGUGAGGAUGAUUAAAUAAUGACAGAAUUUUAAUUUUAGGGGAGCUGUCCCUUUAAUUCAGGGUGCUGUUUCUACCCACAUUUUACAGAACAGAGGUGUCAUUGCCAUUUUAUGGAUACAGAUUUCCUUUAUAUAUUUCAUAAAGUGAGCAACUGAUGUUGAAUAUUGUAAAUUAUUUUUGAACAUAUUGAAUAUAACUUGUUUUUUUUACUUGCCUAUUUAUUACUUGGUGCUUUACAAAGGCAACUUCUGCAAUACAUUGAGUCAAAUUCCUGUUGAAGUUCUGUUUUUAGAAUGAGGAUCAUAUAAAUAUCACGUACUGAAAUGCCAAGGAAUUUUCCUCCCUGUUUCUCAGCUUGUACUCUGUUUUAAAACAUUUUCAUUAAUAUAGCUUACUGCUGUCAACAUUUUAUCAACCCUCCCCAAGGUUUUAAUAAGCAAUUUUUGCACUUCUGAGCUGUACUUUUAUUAAUUCUCUUUUUUUUCCCCUUGCAGUAGUCAAGCUCCAGAGGCAUAAAUGUACUUAGGAAGUUCAGAGGGCCUUUUGUUGCCCGUUGCUUGUCUUUAUCUGUUGGGCCGUCUAGCCGACAGCUUUUGUAGAAAGUAAGCUCGUUUGAGUCCCUUGUUUUUUCAAUAGAGGGCUAGUCUUCAAUAUGAAAGAAUUAUAAAAGGUCUUUUUCUAUCAAGAAGCCUGUUUUAUUGCUUUAAAAUACAUGUUUUUUGUUUAUAUACUGUCAGAUAGAAUUUGAUGUAGUUCAUUUCAAAUGUUGAGUUCCAGCACGUUUCUGCUGCCUCUUGUUUUGCUUUUAAAUACGAGUCUCGUUUUUGCUGUACCUAUGAAUGCAGAGACUCGAAGACUUCCAUAUGUAUUUAGUAAAAAAGCAUUAAUGUUUGUCAGUAAAAGAUGUGU